AUGGAAGGACUAAAAAUCGAUCUCGAAACAUUCAUUUCCGUGCUGUAUCCUUCAUCUUUCUCAUUAUUGCUGGCUGGUAUUAUCGGGGCUGAUGUAUCUGCAUAUCUAAAAUUUUGUGCUUCCACGGAAAUGGAAACGAGUUUUGAAGACGAUCCGGAUUUCGCAUACAAUUUUUGGAAUAUGCAUGCAGAAUUUCACGAACUCAUGAAAAUCGCACAUUUUUUGACGCGUGUCCACCUAACAUCGGCCUCAGUGGAGCAUCUAUUUUCAAAAGCCGGAGCUCUUUAUGGCGACUCGCGCAGAUCUCGAUUAUCCACAGCUAAGGCUGAAAUGUUUCUGGUGAUCGGUUUGGAAGCGCUUCAAAAAGAAAAGAAUGUGAUGCCCAAUUUGGAAUGUGAAGAAGAAGUGCAAGACUUAUACAAUUCUUUUCUUAAACGA